AUGUCGGAUAAUAAGUACACUCCACUGAUAGUGGACCUGUUUACUCCCAAAGUGCCUCUCCAGUACCUCCCCCCGGCAGAUGUUCCUAUAGAGAAACGUCGGACUCCCAAAGUGGACGGAAUUGCGCAGUUCCUGUCCUCUUUGAAGGACCAUGUCGAAGAAUACAAAGAUUACAAAAACGAGUUUGUGAGUCGAGAAACUAGGGCAAAACUGAAGUCGCAGCAAAACAAGGAGGCGCUCCAGCGGGCCCUUCUAAAAUGGAACCCAGAAACAGACACCAAUAUCGCCGGAGACCCGUACAAAACCGUUUUUGUCGGAAGACUGGAUUACACAAUUAAUGAGAUAGAGCUGCGCGAAAAAUUCGCACAGUUUGGCGAAAUCGACCAGAUUCGAGUCGUGAGAGACACCAACACCGGAAAAAGUCGAGGGUACGCUUUUAUCCUGUACAAAUCAGAGUCUGACGCCAAACUGGCGUUCCAGAAAGGUAAUAGAAUGGUGAUAAAAAACCGUGCAGUGGUUGUGGACAUCGAAAGAGGUCGCGUGGUGAAAAACUGGAAACCCAGGAGACUAGGAGGUGGGCUUGGGGGCCGCCAGAUAGCACAUAAGCACAAACACGUGGAGCAGCAGGAUCCUGCUCCCAAGAUGCUGUAUCCGCCUCCUGCGUCUUAUGGGCGUGGCAAUUAUGGUUACCGAGGCCGUGGCGGGAGGGCUCCGAGACCGUACGGUCAUAGGCCCCCUAGAACGCCCUACAACCGGCCACCGAGGUACUGA